UAUGUGUACCAAUAAGUGGCAAUAUCGCUUCUGACCUCGUGUGAGUAAUUAACUACAGCGCCAUUCUUUAGUUGUCCAUGCCCAAUACUUUUUAGUUGUACUGUGCUAACUUGAAAGUGAAGGGCAGUCACCUGCAACAAUAUGAUGGCCAAAUCAUUUUUCGUCACAAUUUUUGCCGCUUUGAAAACUGUACUGACCUGAUCGACAGUCGUAGCUCUGUAAUCUGUUAAAUUACAUUAUAUUUGUCAUAAGUUCACCCGCACUCUGCGUUGUCUGACAGAAACAGUUCGUUUGCGAAGAUCAUUAAUUUAAAUAUAAAUUACAACGCUAAUUUUGAUACCGAAAUAAAUUCCCAUAAAAUGCCUCAGGGCCAGGAGGUUGGCUUGGUACACCGAUACAGUUACAGCGGCGUAGGAUGAUCUGCAUAAUAUCUCAACAGAUUUCCGGGAUUCUUGGAUUAUUAUUAUCGAGUACAUUCUUCGCUGUUGCUGCCCAGAAUUUAAGCUCCCAGUAUGGUUACAGUAAUCGGUAUGGAUAUAAUGGCGGUGGGACAUACAAUCGCCCAAGUCGACCGGCGCUCCCACCGCGUCCGCCCUACGACCUCACUAUACCCUCGUACAUGUAUGUUCCUGAAAGGAUUACAGGGCAUAUGCAAUAUCUCCCUAAUCAGCCCAUUUAUUCGGCGGAAGGAGUUGGUCCGUAUGUCGGACUGUGGACAUUAUAUCAGAACGAGUUCCACCAAAACGUUCCAGCAGUCGCCCAACCAACAUUUGACCCUGUUUACGAGAACCCUCUUGCGUACAUAGACGGGCAUCCCGUGACCCCAAGUACGUCAGCCGCCGGAGCCGGGACUAACCCUGUUGAUGUGAGAGGUUCCUCCGCUCAGGCAUCUCAGACUUCCCAAACCAAUCCAAAACUGCGAGGCCCAGCGCUAGCAUUCAUUGAUCCGACAUUAAAUAAAAACGGUGCCAAAGAGAAAUUUCGACCCUGUGCAGCCAAACCAGGCAGUCUGCGGUUUGGUGUCUGCGUGAGUGAUUCUAAGGUCACCGAGUUAUGUGUGCGAAAAGUUGUUGUUCGGUCAGUUAUCUGUGGUAAAAGUCAGUCGUGUUGUCUGGACAAUGAUACCGAAAAUACAACAACUAGUGUGGAGUCAGCGCCGUCAUCCCAUCGAAAAAUUCCUUCUUUUGCAACGUCUUUAAACACUGAUGCAACUGAUCAACUUGUACCCAGUGACCAGUCAGAUUCUUUCAAAUCUUGCCGGUCAUCGAGCGGAUUCACGCAGUUUGGUAUCUGUGUAAAUGACAGAUCUGUGACAACGCUAUGUACGAAUAAAAUUGUGGAACGAUCGGUGGACUGUGCUAAAGCUCAGUCGUGCUGCAUUGACGGAAGUAAUUCAUCCAGUAUCUCUAAUACUCUAUCCGACCAGGAUUUAGAGGACAAUAAUUUGCCAACGACCGUUACUAGUGUCCCCACCCCUACAACAACUUCUACGGCCAGACCAGUGACUAAUCGGUUACGAGGAAGCAUGCGGAGAAAAGUAUCUGCGUCACAAAGUCCCCCUUCUACAGAUCAAUCUGUCCCAAUGAAGUUCACACCGUGCGUGUCAUUUCGUGACUCCAAAUUAGGUAUCUGUGUGCCGGAUAACAUUCUGGGACAGUUAUGCGUAGACCAGUUCAUUACGAAAUCCGCCAGUUGUUCAUUUGCAACGCAGUCCUGCUGCAUAGAAAAUGGAGCAGCUACAGCGCCGGACAGCGAUCAAGACAGUUUUGCUUUACAAGCAUCGAUACCGCAGCAAUCACCCAACGUCCGAUUUAGAUUCGGUUCAGCCGGUCAGGGAAACCCGCGUACAAGAUUUCCCGGGUCUGUUCCUGCAUUCCCGGUUUUUGCCGAAACCGGCAGCAGCACUUGUUCAGACGGUGAUCUGCAACCAGGAAUUUGUGUCGCCAACGCCAUGAUUCCGACACUGUGCAUAGGAAAAGCAUUAUCCCAAUCAUCGCAAUGCCGCAGUGGUCAGUCGUGUUGUACCGAUCUACCGGUUCGCGCUACGACCCCCUUCAGUCGCAUGCUACCUUUCUUCCGACCUGCCGUCACGACGACAAUGUCGCCCGCGAAUUCUUUCAUUCCAUGCAGAAAUCCACAGAUGCCCUCCGUGUUAGGAAUUUGUAUAGACAAUCAAUUCCAAUCGCAAUUUUGCAGCGGGAAGUUUAGCACUGCCAGCCAAGACUGCUAUGAGUUCCAAUCGUGUUGUUUAGACGCGGCUCCUCCAUUGGCCCAAGUGGCACCGACCACACUGGCACCAUCCGAAUUUGCACCCGACGGCAUUUCCCUCACCAAUUCUCUGGACUGUACAACACCGCAACAUCCACUGCAGUCCGGCCGUUGUGUUCCUGACUCCAUCGUCCCAUCUGUAUGCGGUGGAAAAUUUAUAUCGAAAAGUAAAGACUGUGGUGCGGCACAGACUUGUUGUACGGAUCCCAUGGCAUCAUUCGCUGACCAAUCGAAUGAACUCAACGGGCGUGCCGGCUUUGGUUUCUUCCGGAUGACGCCACCAACCACAACUACACGACGACCCACUACGCGUCCGCUACUCCAGUUUACUGCUGCAUCAAUUUUUCAGCAGUGUAUCCCCAUUGUGAACAACUUUGAGGUUGGUCUAUGCGUAGACGAAAGCCAAGUGAGUACACUGUGCGCCGGUCGGCUUGUUGCGCCCUCCCGCAGCUGUACAUUUAUGCAGUCGUGUUGUUCGUACUUUCCGGAAGUGAUAGCUCCGUUAACACCGCCCCCGACAACCACCACCACCACAACGACUACGACGGCGACUACCACACCAGAACCGGCUAAGACGCAGAGUCCAUUUUUAAAAACACCGAAUAAUCGAAAACUGAAUUACUUCCGACCUUGUGUGGCCACCAAUCCAGACGGGAUAACGACGUUGUUAGGCGUUUGCAUCCAGGAGGAAUCUGCCAUGGAUUACUGCACUGGAAAAGUUUUAUCACCUUCGGAUGACUGCGAAUACACUCAGUUAUGCUGCAGCGAAAAUACAAGGUGACCAGAAAUACCGCAGUGCGAAUGAUGUGAUAGAACAAUGACUGGUGUCUGUAAAUACCGCACUUAUUAUUUUUUUCGCUGUUCGGAUUUGUUUAAUUUUCUCCUUUUGAACCUUUACAAGUCAGUGUUAUGCUUGUUACUUAUCGAAUCAGAUCAAAUUCAUUUCUGUUUUUGCAAGACAUUCAUUACUCUAAUUAAUUACCAAUAUUUAGCAAAACAGCAAGUGCUGAACUGGUGAGCGGCAUCGGCCCCUUCAAUAAAUUUUGAUU